AUGAAGACGAUCGGCAUCAUUGGCGGAAGCACAGAUAUAGCCACCGCUGAGUACUACAAUCUGAUCAAUAAGCAUGUCCGAGAAGAGCUUGGCGGUCUACACACCGGCGAAAUCAUUAUCAACUCCAUGGACCUUGCGCGAAGCGCACAUUACGUCCACAAUGGGUUGUGGGACGAGGGUGCAGAUUACCUUCACGGCAAGGCUCAGAGUCUUGUGCGAGCCGGCGCAGACUUUAUUAUUUGCGUUUCCAACACGUGGCACCGGGUUUCUGAUAAGUUUAUGGCAGGCAUUGACGUGCCGCUUCUUCAUAUCGCCGAACCCACAGCCAAAGCCAUCAAGGAGCAAGGUCUGCAAAGGGUUGCUCUCCUGGGGACAAAGGCAACGAUGUCUUCGCCAUACCUUCCCGAUUUGUUCGCCAACCAAUACGGGCUGGACAUCAUCGUUCCAAAGGAGGAAGACCAGGAUCUGAUUGACAAUGUAAUUUUUCAGGAACUGUCCUAUGCGCAAUUUACAGACAAGGCUCGAAAAGAAUAUCUUACAAUCAUGGACGAGUUGGUUUCUGGUGGCGCUCAGGGUGUCAUUCUAGGAUGCACGGAAAUUGGGCUACUGGGUAUCACAGUCUGA